AAUCCUCCUCUGUCCGGAAACAGCGUUAGGGGCGGGUCCGCCGGAGAGGCCGAAUGAGGUUAUUUUUUGCCUUGCGUGCCUAGCAGAUUCAAGCAUGUUGCUGCUGAGACUGCUGCAGUAGAAAGUGCCCCUUCAUCAUGCUUUCGCCCCUUCGGGUGUGGACGCAGCUGUUGCUUCUUCUCCUCUCCUCCUGGACCUUCGGAGUCAGUUAUGCCUAUUAUCCACACCCUGUAGGACCCCACAGCCUCCGCUUCCUUCAGACAGCAGUAUUCCACAGUGCUGGUGUUGCUGAUAUUGAGGCAAUUGCCCUUCUGGAAGAUGUGGAGACACAUUCAUUGGACAAGAACACUGGGGAGAUCAUCUUCCACCAACCUUGGUCCAAAAGUGCCCUCUCACCUCAAGACUGGAAGCUGUUUGGGAAUAUUCUCAGAGCCUACUUCAUAGGCUUCAAGGAGACUAUCGACAAGAUGGACAAGGUUUUGAAUGUUAGCUAUCCUUUGGUUACGCAAUCCUUUAUCUUCUGCGAGGAGGUGAACAGAACCAAAAGGGGCUUCUAUGUUGGUGCCGUGAAUGGAGAGGCUAUUGUGACAUUCAGUGCUUCUAAUGGCACCUGGAUUGCCCAGGAGGAGAAUCAGAUGGCUCACUUUAUUACAGGUUUCCUCAACCUAGACAUAGGCACAGCUGGAACCCUUCGACUCCUGUUGUCAAGUCAGUGCAUUAAAGCUCUUGAAAGUUUCCUUCAGACUGGAAAGGCAACUCUGCAGAGACAGGAGAAGCCAACGGCUGUGGUCUUCACCCACGAAUCCGCUGCAAUCCCAGACUCGCUGCUGCUGGUUUGCCGAGUCACUGGUUUCUACCCUCAUCCCAUCAACAUCUCCUGGCUGCAGAAUGAAAAGGAGAUCUCAGCCAGCUCACAGGUCAACUCCACUGAGAUCUUGCCAAAUCAUGACCUGACGUACCAGAUCAGGAGUUCUCUGGUUAUCCAGGCAACAGAUACGAACAGCUACACUUGCAGGGUGCAGCACAGCAGCCUGGGAGGGAAAGAUCUCAUCAUCCCUUGGCGAAGAGGACAAAAGUCGAAGGCUGCCAUAUACUGCAUAGUCCUUAUUGCUAUCAUUUUUGUUGUUGUUGCCAUUGCUGUAUACUACUGGAGGAGACGUAGACAAUAUGAAGACAUAAGCAGAACUGAGCCAGUAGCCUGACAAGCUUAGGGUUGCCAUGCCCCCCGGAAUUCCAGGUUUCACCCGGAUUGCUUAGCCGACUCGGAUUAACCCGGAUUCCAGCUUUUUAAAAAGAAGCUAAGCUUUAGCCCUUGUAGAAGCGGAGUUAUGGAGCAAAACGUGCAGUUACUAUUCUGCUCAACCACUGGACUCGGAUUAAGAGAAGAAGAGCACAGGAGGCUUGCUGGGAGGAUUUCACAUUCACACUACCCUAAUCACCUGAGGAAUGUUGCCUUGUUUGUUAUCAGCAGGGGAUCAGAGGAUAGCUUAUUUUUGCUGUGAAUCACUACCUGCCUACUAGGUUGUGUAUUGUAAUGUUUUAAGGACUUUCUUGGCUUUAUAUUCAAUGCACGUCUACUUAGAAGUAAGGAUCAUUGGUUUCAAUAAGAUCUCUCAAAUAAGUGGGUACAGAAUUGCAGCUCUAAUUAAAAAGCUGUGCAAUAUAUAUAUAUUUUUUACUAUUGCUGCUCUUAAUAUGUCAAGGAAAAUGGUCAGGCAAAGACAUCUUUCCCAAAUAUUGUUGCUAAAUAUCCAGAGCAAAUACAAAUAAAUGGGAAAGCGCAGCUACUAAUUUGCAUAUGCAAAAUUAUUUUCAAGCCAAUUUACAUAAUAUGCAAAUUGGGCACCCAGAUUUGGAAAGCCAGAAUAUAGCAAUCCUAGACAAGCUGGUCCAUACAGCAAAAAAGAGAUGCCUGGCUUUUCUCUGGAAAUGCAAUGGUCCCUUCCAAAUGGCCAUAGGAAGGCAUGGCAUUUCUGAACGGUUGUUGGCCAUUCAGAAAUUCAAUGCAUUUCAUGGUCAUUUGGAAGGGACCAGUGCAUUUCAGUGGGAAUUCCCUGUCAUUCGUUUUAGGAUGUCCUGACACUAGUCCACGGUAGGACUUUCAUGCUGACGGUCCCAGGCUCAAUCCCUGGCAGCAUCUCCAGGAAUGGGUGGGAAAGACUCCUGUGUGAAACUACGGAGAGCUGCUGCCAGUCAGUGUAGACAAUACUGAGCUAGGUGGAGCAAUGGUCUGAUUCAGUAUAAGGCAGCUUCCUAUGUUCCUAAGACAGGAAGAAUGGUAGAAUGGUAAAACACUUGUAAUAGCAAGAGCAGCACAUCAUUUCCAAUGUAGAAAGCCAAGGGCUUUGUGUCCCUGCUGAGAACCUGGAGAGGAAAAAGUGCAAGGACUGCAUCUCUGCCCAUCCAUGCAGCACUACAGCACUGUCUCCUGCCUAACACGAGCAUACCCUUAACUGGGCAGCCAGGCUUGUCUGUGUGCUUGGGCUGCUUGCAUGGGAUCCUGUGUGUGCUCUAGGCACCCAUCUGAUAGGGGCAUCACCCAAGGCACUGUACUCGUCAUGCAGUGCCUUGUGGGAUAUCUGGAGGCUGGGAAAACAAGUCCUGGCCUGUUGAUCUGCACCGCCAGGUGACAUCCGGGUGCCAAAGACAUCAGCGAAGAUUGUGUGAAUAUAUCCCUGUGAAUAGCCUUAAAAUGUCCCAGUUUCAGACUCUGGCUUAUCAAAGAGGUUCUCGGAUCACGAUGACCCUUGCGUGAGGCACUGAAGGGCUACUACUAGUUGCAGUAGACCAUACCAAACUAGACAGAACAAUGGUCUUAGGCUGCUUCGUAUGUUGCUUUCCUGAACCUUGCUGCAAUUAUCAGAUUCCAAGUCUAGGUUAACAUGAGCUUUGACAAUCAUAAAAGACAACAUAAUGCAUUAAUUUUGUGAUAAUUUUUUAAAUAAAAAUGUUUCUACUUUGUAUACUUCUGACAAGUUAUGAUUGCUGUGCUGGAAAAUUAAACACGCAUUUUAAAAUGCUUAUUUUUAUCACUAAAAUCAA